CUUCGCCUCCGGCUCUCCGCUCCUCCUCUGCCGCAGAGAACACCCGCUCAGGCAAAAGCCGGCGACUCCCUCCCCCCUCACACACGCGCGCAGGUACCUGAAUCGAUCAUGAACUUGGUACCGGGACCAGUCUACAUCCCUACCCCUCGGCUAGCUAUAAUUACCCCCAGGCCACCACCCGCCCGCGCGCAUUUCCGGUCUCACACCCGCCAGAAGCGAGGGGCACGACACCGCCGUUGCCGUACCGGGGGGAGGGGAGGCGGAGGCGGAGGCCACCGAGGAGAGCCGCAAGGGACCAAGCUGCGACGUCAGAGGGUUCCAUCCUCGCCGGGGAGCUCCUCGACCUGGAGCUGUUCGAGCGAUCAAGCCCUCCCUUGCAUUCCCCCAGCAACCCGAAACUGCCACGCCCUCCUCGGUUCACCAGACUGGAACUCGAGCCUCCAGAUAUGGCACCACGAGGAAGACCUCCGAAGCAUGUGUGCAGCAAGUGCCAUAAGAGCUUUCCUUCAGGGAGGGCUCUUGGAGGCCACAUGUCACGCCACUGGCGCAAGGCGAAGCAGCCAAAGGGAACACCAAGCCCUCCUACCACUGUUGUCGACUUGCAUGUGUCGCUGCUGAGUCCAAGUGAUGAGGAGACUUUGCUGCGGUCCUCAGGAACACAAUGCCAGCUGUGCUCAAAGGUGUCAUCUGCCUGCGAUUCUCUGAGGAAGCACAUGAGAGAGCAUAGCGAGAAGAACGUGUUGAGUAGGCCCGUCGAAGAAGCAGCUGGGCCGAUGGAAGCUCUGGCCAUUGCUGGUGGUGGCUACAAUGUCCUGAUAUCUCCUGUGAAGCGCAAGCGGUCAAAGAGGGGGGCACCACCACUCAAGUUUAAUGAGAUGGAUGCUGCAGCCUCUCUCCUGCUGCUUUCAGAGCAUUCUAGCAUGAUUUCAGCUUAUGCAGAUUGCUAUGCAGAAGUUAUGGGCAGUUGGCCCCCCAAUGUGUCGAAGGAUAUGAAGCUGAAUGCUUCUGAUCAUCUACUGGUUCGAUCUGCUGAGUUCAAGAAGCCAAAAGGUUGCAAGUGUUCAGCUUAUGAUAUUUGCUAUGGGCAAUGUGAUAAGGACAACAACUUGAUCCCCAGUGUUGCCAAGGACAAAACUUCGGUCCCUGAUAUACCCAAUAAUUCAGCUUGUGAGGAUUGCUUUGGACAAUGUGAGACGGACAGCAGCUUGAUCCCCAAUGUUUCCCAGGACAAAACUUUGAUCCCUAAUAUUCCCAAAAAUUCAGCUUAUGAGGAUUGCUUUGGACAAUGUAAGAAGGACAUCAACUUGAUCCCCAAUGUUCCCAAGGACAAAACUUCGAUCCCUGAUAUUCCCAAUAAUUCAGCUUGUGAGGAUUGCUUUGAACAAUGUGAGACGGACAGCAGCUUGAUCCCCAAUGUUGCCCAGGACAAAACUUUGAUCCCUAAUAUUCCCAAAAAUCCAGCUUCUGAGGAUUGCUUUGGACAAUGUGAGAAGGACAGCAGCUUGACCCCCAAUGUUUACAAGAAGGGAAGAAGUUUGAUCGCCAAUGUUCCUGAGAAGGACAACAACACUUUGAUCUCCAUCGAUCUUGAGGAGGUAGAGCUGAAUGUGCUUGAUCAUGUGCUGGCUGGAGAUGCUGAGCUUAGGAAGAAGCCAAGAACUGACAAUUCAGUUGAGAUGAAGUGUGCUGAUCUUUCAGCCGCAGUGAAGGUCAAGAGGCACCAGUGUAAUGCCUGUGGGAAGUCAUUUGGGUCAGGGGUCGCGUUGGGAGGCCACAUGAGGCAUCACCUUCCUAGAUCCAAUGAUCGCCGUCAUGGGUUCGCCGAAGGCCCUGAUUCUGUUGCGAUGAAAGAGCAAAAGCAGAAGCUUGAAUUGGAUACCAAGUUUCUUGAUCUCCGACUUCCAGGUCUCACUGACAUCACUAUUUUCUCGGGGUUGAAAUCUGAGCCUGAGCCGUGGCGUGUUGCAGGCAGUGUUCACUGGGACAAUGCCGGUUGCGCACUGUUGUCUGAACUGCCACAGUCACUUCACUUUUCUGUAUAGUCAAUCAGCGUGAUAGCAAAAACUCCAAUUCGUCCGUUUGUAGAUAGUCACAAGCUUUCCACUGAUCCUUCUCCUUACCGGCAAAUUUUCCUUGACAGUGAAGGCCAAGGAUCGUAUGCAGUUGCUUGGUUACUGCACAGUACAGCACCUUUGCUCAGUUGAAUGCACAAGCAUGAGACUGUGUCAUUCUAGCACUAACUAAUGAUUUCGAGUGACCUAACUUCCGUAUACUUUCUCCUUGCACACUUGUGUUUCUGUAAAUGUUCAUAUCUUGAAAUGAUUCUUCAAUAGAGAGAAGCUGGUCAGAAUUUUAUCA